AUGGCAGAGAUCCUGUAUCAGAUUAAAGGACCUCUAAAUCCAGAACACUUUCGUAACACAGCAGAGAGGCUGAUGCAGACAAACGCCUGCGGCCGCUCAUCACUUCCUCGACACAAACCCCUAAGCAUCUUUGCAGACAUAUGUGACAAGACUGUGUUGAAGCGAGUGCUAAAGGACCUCUGGAGGAAUGUUCUGAUCUGCAUGGAGAAAACAAUCGUGUUACCUCAGAGCAGCGACAGUAUAGGAGUUCAGCUUCUUACUGCUGCUAAGGAACUGUCUAAACUAAAGGGAGGGGUGGAGCCAAAAAGUUUGUCACCAAGGCAAUGUGUGAUCGUGGAGGCAGCACUGGAUUCAAUCAAGCUCUUCUUCCAUGCUGGUGGGAACGGUUUAAAAAAAGCAUACCUGGAGAAGAGCCCUGAGCUGUCAUCACUGCGCUAUGCUCUCUCCCUAUAUACACAGACCACAGAUGCUCUUAUCAAGGCGUUUGUGACAACACAAACAUGCUCAGGUUCAAAAUGGUAUGGGCAUCAGGAUCACCCCCAAGGAGAACGUUCGACCUGA